GCUACUCGCAGGCGCGUCGUAGGCGUGCAGCGGAGAGAGAGAGAGAGACCCACUCCCUCCCUCUUCACACUCCCAGUCCCAAAUACAAAAACCCUUCCCCCCAGCCAUGGAUUUCCCCCGCCGAGCCGCCGCUCGGGCCGACGCCGACGACAUCUACGCCAUGCCCAACCCUUCUCCGGACGCACAUAUGACGAUAGACGCGCUCCGCCGGGAGCUCUUGCACGAGGGCAUUCGCCAGCAGUUCAUUGUGGCCGAACUGGCCAAGCGGCAGGAGCUGGAGGAUGAGUUCCGUGACAGGUUCCGGCAGACCACAAUGCCCCACCGUUGCGCAUCCCCUCUGCCGCAUGGUGGGCCAUUUGCAGGAUCGGCAAUGUCGAGACGGCCUGUUAAAGACCGGAUCGAGGAAUGGUAUCAACCUCCAUGGUGCAGGGAGAUAGACGAGGCGGAUGCAGUAAUCGCCGGGGCGGCACUCUCUGGGGUGAAGAGGAAACGGACAGCAGAUACUCAGCCGUCGAUUUGUAGCAUCUGCAACGUAAUAUGCUACUAUGAAACUGAUUUACAGAAGCACUUAAGAGGCAGAAAGCACCAAAAGAAGCUAGAAGCUUUGAAGGGGAAAGGCAAGGGAACUGAAGAGAAGCUGCAUGAAAAGGAAGCGCCCCAGCUUGUGGACAAGAACAAGAAAGAGUGAAAUGCACCCACAGUCCUGGAAGUUACUGGCGAUGUCCAAAACGGUCCUGGAAUUCAGUAAAUGCAUCAAAACAGUCCUGAAACUUGUUCUUGAUGUCUA